GACCUGACCAUCUUUUUCAAGCGUCGAGCAUUCCCACUCUUGACAUCCUAUCUGCACAAGAAUUCCUCAGAUUCAUAAAAUGGCUACCCCUAACAUUUCUACCAUCGACGAGAGGGAGGAAGGAAACCGCGCGGCUUACGAGCACAACUACCCGCCCCAUAAUGAGACUAUCAGCAAGAAAGAAUACGACGUCGUAGUCAUCGGAGCUGGUCCGGCCGGUCUGAUGCUAUGUACGGCACUGGCUAGGUUCGGAGGACAUAGUGUGUUGGUAGUGGAUUCGAGGCAUGAACCUACCACGGCCGGUCGGGCGGAUGGGAUCCAGCCUAGGACUAUCGAGGUCUUGAAGAACAUGGAACCCCUAGGUUCAGAGCUAUUCAGACAAUCCGCAGCGUCGUACGAGAGGACUUUUUGGGUACCCUCUACGGACAAAAACGGCAAAGAGACCAUCGUAAGGGAUAGGAGGGUACAGAGUUUCCCAGAGUACUUGGAGAUCGAGGAUGGGUGUACUUUGGGUUUGCAACAAGGAAUGAUCGAAGAGGCUUUCUUGAGGGAUAUGGAACGCAACGGACUCCGCGCCACCCGAUCGUUCAGCUUCAAAUCGUAUACCAUCGACUCCAACUCCAACGACUCUUCCAACGAGGAUCAUCCGGUAACCGUCGAACUGACCAAAGGCCCUACUACCGAAGGUGGCAAAGACGGAGGAGAGGUGACCACGGUCAAGUGCAAGUAUUUGGUAGGAUGCGAUGGAGGGGGGAGCGCUGUGAGGCAGUUUGGGAUUGAGAAUCAUGGGUUGAGCUUUGAUGGAGAGCUUUUGAGCACGCUGUGGGGUGCGGGGGACUUUGUCGUCAAGACCGAUUUCCCUGAUAUCAGAAAGAUCGCAGCGAUCCACAGCGCCAAUCAAGGAUCCGCCUACGUGUUCCCCCGUGAGAACAAUAUCGAUAACCAGCCGAUGAUCCGGCUGUAUACCCAGGUCAACAUGCUCAACGGGCAAAAGAGCACGAUGGACCCGCAGGAGAUGAGGUGGAAGGUUACCGCGGAGGAUAUCAUGGAUGCUGAUAAGCGGAUCUUCGCGCCGUAUAACCUCGAGUUUGUAAAGACGGAAUGGUGGAGUGCUUACCCUAUCGGUCAACGGUUGGUCAACAAGUACGAUGUCCAGGGACGGGUCUUUAUGGCAGGUGACGCAUGCCAUACUCACUCGCCCAAAGCCGGUCAGGGCAUGAACACGGCCUUGAUCGACGCGCAUAACCUGUCCUUCAAGAUGAACCUCGUCCUGCGUGGUCUGGCUGGUCCGGACUUGCUCAAGACCUAUAACGAGGAGAGGUGGAAGAUCGGCAAGCAGUUGAUCGAUUUCGACGAAGAGUACGCCGCGCUCUUCUCAGGAGAGGUACCGAGGAACUCGCCCGAGGUCGCCAAGAUGAGCAAGGCCGAGGUCAAGCAGCAUUUCAUCGAGGUGCAGCGAAGGAACGCCGCGUUCACCACGGGUGCAGGGGUCAACUAUGGCUCGUCGGCUCUGGUCGUCAUGAACGAUGAGCUGUCUAGGCUCGGUCUUGAACCCCUCUCAGGCUUGAAAUUGACAGCCGGUCAAAGGCUCCGGCCCGCAACCGUCACGCGGGCGAUGACUUCCCAGCCUGUGCGCCUGAUCCACGAAGUCCAGUUCGACGCCCCAGGAAGCUUCAGGAUCUAUGUGCUGGCAGGCAAGCUCAAGGACAACUUUGCCAAGCUUCAAGAGUUUUCUCAAUACCUGACAUCGUCGAAGAGCUUCGUCAACCGAUAUCAAGCGUCGAUGCCCAAGAACCGCAAGGUCCUUCACGCUGCUACCAACACGGGUCUUGUAGGGUACGAGGAAAUCAACCCCUACUUUACUUUCCUCACCAUCGUCAAGGACUCACGGUUCAACUUUGAGAUCGAGCACCUCAAGCCCUUGAAGGGAUUGAAUGCGCUGGUCUACGCCGAUGACGAAGAGUCGGGCGGGGUCAAGGUCGGUGACCAUUUCUCGGAGGCACGUGUAGGUGGCGCACAUAUCAAGUACGGUCUUCCUGAGGGUGGAAUCGUCGUAUGUCGACCUGACGGAUACGUGGGGGUCGUAGUACCUUUGGAGGCAAAAGGAUGGGAAGCGCUCGACAAGUACUUUGACGCCGCGCUCCACCGCACGCAGUCGAAUGGCCUGAGUGCUAGCAAGCUGUAGAUCGUCCGUUCCCUCUCGUCGUUUCGUGUUACCAAGGCCAUACCAAGCGCUUCGUUGUAUUGUUCUAUAAGGCGUGACCAUUCUACUAUCUUCCACGCUGAGUACCAAUACGUUACAUGUUCUGGGCUUGUACAACAGCGGAAAGGCUUGCGCUUGCAGGCGCUAGGUACAACAGCCACGAUGUCAGGGAUGUGAUCCGUG